AUGUGCUUCUACCAACCCAACGCCGCUGGCUGCACCUGCGCCUUCCUGCAGCUCAUCCAGCCCUGCCAAAGCCCAAACGUCCAAUACUACCCAUCGCCGAACCCAACUGCGAACCCUAAACCGAUCGUCAGAGUCUGCAAUGAGCGGUUCAUCGCCAAGGGCGUGGGGCAGCGCGUCUGUCCGAAGUGCGCUGCUCAAAGCCAGAAACAAGUUCCUAGCCAGUAUCAGGCGCAACGAAGAUUCUCGACGGCUGGUUCGUCGUUGGUGAUGGGCGCGGCUGUAGCUGGAGUAGUCGGACAGAGCGCGAUCAUCCGGAAUAAUGGUGUCAGUGACAGCGUGGCCUGGAGUAAUGUGAACUUCUCUCAGGCGAGUCCGGGGUCUGAUUCACGUCCGGGAUCGGGAUCGUCCGUGUCACCAGCAGCCAUAACAUUGCCAUCCGGGAAGCGAAGGGGGGAGUCGCUAUCUCGGGCUUUAGGGGCGAAGAGAGUCUCGCUGUCUGGUCUCUCAUUUUCACCUUCGUCUGAGACUACUCCUGCACCUGCAUCUUCAUCGACAUCUCGAUCUCGGUCUUCGUCUCCUUCGUCUGCCCCUUCGGCUAAAUUGGGCCUCCCUGCGACAUCUACGCCGCCUUCGCUGGGUAUGGCUGAGACAGUAUUGGCGCCGAUACCUGAGAUCGGAGGAUUGGAUAAUGUUCUGAAGACGGAGGUUGGACAGGACGAGCAAGGGAAAUCUUUAGACUCGGCCAAGGCUGCUGAAGAAGGCUUGGGCGAGAUGAUGUCGCUGUUGCUGUCACCAAAGGCAACGUUUACGCCUAUAACUACGCCUGUUGAGCAGGGACCGGUCAAAAACGAAGAAGGGAAUGCAAACUGUGCUGGGCACGUCACUGGCCGCCCCCGUGCAGAUUCCCUGUUUGAUGACUUGGAUCUGAAUGGAGGCGCGGAUCAGGUUGCUGAUACCGAAGCUGAUACUAAAAUCGUCAAGGGGGAGCGGCAGAAGGAGGGUGAUUUCCCUGAAUUGUCGCCAAUUGGGCAGCAUGAUCUCUGGACCAUGGAGAAUGAUCUGAAGAAUGAGCCGGUUGUUCAGAAGGUUGACACCGAGCAUGAGUGA